CAGUGUUUAGUGAUACCUCGCAUUUGUGACAUUCGGCUCAAUAAUGGUGGGUGGGUGGCGAUGCGCGUUUAUUAUAUGCGUCUGCGUAUGGUACGGAAAUACUGCGCGAAUACUCAUCGUAGUGCCAACUCCUUCUUUUAGCCAUCAGGUAGUGUUCCGUCCAAUAGCACAGGAGCUAGCAAAGCGUCAUCGUGUUGUUGUUUUGACUACCGACCCAGCCUUCCCAGACCAGGCUCCGCCGAAUCUCACAGAAAUCGAUCUCCACGACGUAUCCUACGCUCCGUGGAUCGACCGCUUUCUUAAAACCGCAAAUGGAAAGCAAAACGAUUUAUAUACUCAGCUAUAUACGGCGCUUGAUGUCAUAUUAGAAAUAUUCCCAAAGCAAAUGAAUAGUGAGGCUGUAAAGAAAGUGUUUGAAAAAGAAAAGCAUUUCGAUUUAGUGAUCGCAGAAGCAUGGACGAGACCGGCACGGGCACUGUCUCACGUUUUCAAAGCGCCUGUUAUAUUGGUAAAUCCUUUUGGGGGAACGGAUGAACAAUACCAGUUUAUGGGUGCUCCUGUUGACCCAAUAUUGUACCCAGACUUCCUGCGCAGGCGGCUGUUCAAUCUUACAUUAUGGGAGAAAGUGACAGAGUUAUAUAAUAGGUACAAAUUAAAUCGGUUAAUAAUGGCGCAUGAGGAGAAAGAAAAUGUGAUGCUUCGAGAUUUGUUUGGAAAGGAUACGCCUUCGUUGGAGGAAAUAAAUAAGAAUGUGGAAUUGCUCAUGUUGAAUAUAGAUCCUGUGUUUGCGGGCUACCGCCCUGUGCCACCUAAUGUGAUACAUUUGGGGAGCCUUCAUUGUGCGCCACCUAAAGAUCUGCCUCAGGUAAGUCGAUACAAUUUUAUAAAUAAAUAUAAUACUUAG